UCUUUUAUAUGUUCUUGCACGCUACAGCCACCGUCUCUCAGGGCUAAGAAUAUUCUGUUCUGUAACUUUGCGACAAAGCUUUCUUUUUUCCUCAAUGGCUUCAUCAUCAAUUUCUUCUCCUGAUAUUUGUAAACCCAAAUAUGAUGUCUUUCUUAGUUUUAGAGGGGAGGAUACCCGUGAUAAUUUUACUAGCCAUUUAUAUGCUGCUUUGUGUCAAAAACAGAUUCAAACAUUCAUUGAUGAUGGACUUCAGAGAGGAGAAGGAAUUUCCCCUGCACUGAUAACAGCAAUUGAAGAAUCAAGGAUUUCAGUAAUCAUUUUCUCAAAAGACUAUGCUUCUUCAAGAUGGUGCUUGAAUGAACUUGUAAAGAUUCUUGAAUGCAAACAAAUGAAAGGCCAAACGGUUAUACCAAUUUUCUACCAAGUGGAUCCAUCAGAUGUACGAAAACAAAGUGGAAAUUUCAGGGAUGCCUUUGUUAAGCGCGAUCCAUCAGACGUACUGAAGUGGAAGACUGCUUUGACUGAAGCAGCCAAUCUAUCUGGAUGGAAUUCGAUGACAAUUAGGCCUGAAUCCAAACUUAUCGAUGGAAUUGUCAAGGAUAUUUUGAAAAAAUUAGAUGAUAUGUCAUCCUCAAGUAUUUCCGAAGGCUUAGUUGGAAUGGAUUCCCACAUCAAGCAAAUAAAAUCAUUGUUGUCAGAGUGUCAGAUUGUAGGAAUUUGGGGUAUGGGAGGCAUAGGUAAAACAACCAUUGCUGAAGCUAGUUACAACCAAAUAUCAAGACAGUUUGAAGGUCAUUGCUUCAUCGCAAAUGUUGUGAAGAAUUAG